UACAACAGAGAUCUAAGUUUCCAAGAGAAUAUAAAGCUGAGAAACGCGCUCAAAUGUGGAAAAAGUAUUUAAUGCAUGAAAUCGAGCUUAGUACUUUAAAUACAAAACGUUACCGGACAUUAUGGCGAGAGAUGAUGACGAAGAUUAAAAUGCCGCAGAUCGCUGAAGACGUGAAGAUUGCGUGGCACAAUUUCGAUCGAGCUCUCGAUAUUAAAGACUACAGAAUAAGUUUUCUAAUGGAUGAAUUGGCCGAAGCCGAAGAACAAUAUCAAAGAACUACAAAAUCAUAUACUGAAAUUAUAGAUCGAUUUUUGAAAUUGUAUAGAGAAAGAAUACAGAGCAAAGAAAGAAGUUAUCAAAGGACUUUAAAUGAAAUACUUGUUCAGACGAACAUAGGAGUUGGCAAAAUUUAUUAUCAGCAAAACGAAGUCUUGUUACAAUCAAUCACUCACGGCAUUCACAAACAAUUAGAAGAAUUAUCGAACAAUGUUAAGAGCAUCGCCUUAAGUAAGAUUGAUGCAUUCGUGGAAGACAGUAAGGAUAUACGCAGAAUUUCUGUGACACAACUUGAAAAUCAGUUACAAAAAUCCUGGGAAAAUCUUCGACGAAUUCUGUCGGAUUAUCAAAAUAAAACAAAGAAUCGCAGAAAAUCUUACGAGAUGCUUAAAGAUACGGACGACAAAGACCAGCAAAUAAUAACACAACAGUUAUUACAUACAGAGAGUCUUUUCGAGGAUAUACGAAAGUUUCAAGAUAAAAUAACGACAUAUGAUUCCAUGGCAAAGAAAAAAAUUUCCAACAUUCUGAUGGAACAUGACUUCUUCCAGAAAGCUUCCUGGGUUGUAAAAAAUCGUCUUCUCUCAGAACAGACGAAAGAUAAGAAUCAAUUGAAGAUAUCGUCAAUCAAAUAUAACAAGAUAAUAAAACAUUUAGAAUUUCUUGUAAUUAAAGGCAAACGACUGCUCACGCUGAUGCAAAUCUGUCGUAAAUAUGAAACACAAAACGAGAAAAUAAUUCCGUUUGUUAAUCAUACGGAAAACUCACAGAUGCUCUCGUCGUAUCAAAUCAUUGCUUUAUCAGACUGGAAUGUAUCCCGUCAGAUUAUAGAUUUUCAAGAUAUGACAAUUUUUUGGCGGCAAUUUGGUGUUGUGCAAAUGACUAUUAUGCAAUUGCGAUCGGAGAGGGAUAAAUUAAAGGCUGAGGCGAGACACUUGCGCGAACGUAUCAGUUUUUACAUUAUGCAGAAAGAGUACUAAUUCGUAACCUAUUUUACAUUAUGUUGGAUAAUCAACAAUCAUGCUGGUACUUUUUAUUAUAUUAAAAAUUUUACAUGACUAGAAAGAAACAUUAUUUGUUCUAGAUACAAACGCAAAAUUUUAGCAUUUUUUAGUUUACUUGUCGGUAUUAUACACGAUGAAGUUUCAUUACUAGUUUGUAUAAAAUGUAGCACUAUACCAAAAAUAAUUUAACGCUAGUAUCA